AUGUAUGGCCAUGAGAAACCGGAAGAGAAACUGGUGCGAAUGGUGCGGAAAUACUUUGCGAGCAAUCCAGAAGAGAAGAAGCGGCAAAACGACGAGCCGGAAGAUCCGCGGCCACAGGAUUGCUGCGGGUUAUCGUGUAAUCCCUGCAUUUUCGACUUACACCAGCAAGACAUUGUGCAUUGGGCAAAGGAAUGUGCUCGAUCAAUCGACACCGACACGGGUAAAACAUUAUUUGAGGAUAUUAUGGGCGUUGAAGAAGAGAAGCAUGGAGAGCGGGAAGCAUUCUCACGCGACGAAUACCAUCCACUAAAUAUCAUCGCCGUCGAGUCACUGAACGCAUGCACAAAAUUGUUUCGCUUCAAAGUUGAUGUCGGCCGGAUCAACCUACCGCUCGGCUGCCAUUUGAUUGCAAGUCGCCAACCCGGUACAAUUUAUUCAUAUCUACCCGCGUGCAACAACAUACAAAUCAGAACCGUCAAAUCAGUGCAUUUA